GAGCUUCAGUCGGGCGGCCUGAGGCGCUGAAGGAAGCGGGCCAGUGUUGUGCAGCGGCGAUCGGCGAAGGGCCAUGGGCUGCUUCUUCUCCAAGAAGAGGAAACAGGCCAAGGAGCCGCAGCCGGGCGCCGAGAGCGGAGACCGGAAUGCUGCUGGCGACGCGGGGCCCGAGAAGCAGCCCCAGUACAGCUGGGACCAACGAGCCAAGAUUGAUCCAAAAGACUAUAUGUUUUCUGGACUCAAGAAUGAAACUGUAGGACGUUUACCUGGGAAAGUUGCAGGUCAACAGUUUGUUAUUCAGGACUGUGAGAACUGCAAUAUCUACAUUUUUGAUCACUCAGCUACAAUCACUAUUGAUGAUUGCACAGGUUGCCGAAUCUUUUUAGGACCUGUGAAAGGCAGUGUAUUUUUCCGUGACUGCAAGGACUGUAAAUGUAUAGUGGCCUGCCAACAGUUUCGUACGAGGGACUGCAGGAAGAUGGCAGUGUUUUUGUGCUGUGCCACCCAACCCAUUAUUGAAUCCUCUACAGGUAUGAAGUUUGGAUGUUUCCAGUACUACUACCCAGAGUUGGCUUUGCAGUUGAAAGAUGCUGGCCUGAGCAUCUUCAACAAUACAUGGAGCAAUAUCCAUGACUUCACGCCAGUCUCAGGAGAGAACAACUGGAGUCUUCUAUCAGAGGAUGCUGUAGCUCAGGAUGCAGUACCACUUCCAACAACUGAAGAACUGAACACUGUCAGAAUUUCAACUGAUGCCAACAGGAGCAUAAUCCCAAUAACAAGGGGCCGACGUCCAAAGCACAGUGAGGAGUCUUGUCUGGCAGUGUUCUUUGCUGGGGAUUAUACAACUGCAAAUGCUAGGAAAUUGAUUGAUGAGAUGACUGGAAAAGGCUUCUGGUUGGUACAGACUAAAGAAGUUCCAAUGAAAGCUGAUGAUGCACAAAGAGUAUUCCAGCAAAAAGCAUCUGACUUAAUUCCUUUACUUGACAAAGGUUCUGUUAUUGCUCUGGAGUUCAAUGGAGAUGGUUCCAUAGCAGCCUGUCAAGACAUCGCUGCUAAGGUUUUCAGUAGUACUAAGGUUUUUGUAUCAGAAGACAAGGCAUCUGCUUCCAGAGAGGUAGACAGCUUCUAUAACUUUGCUGAUAUGCAGAUGGGAAUGUGAAAAGUCGCCUAGAAAUGUUACACAUGAUUACAUUGAUUGACGUAUAAAUUAGGUUUGUAUAGCUGUCUGCAUUGAUAGUCAAAUGUCUCCAUAAUAAACUAGUUGCCUUUACAAAAACAGUAAAAUCAAAUGCAUUCCACAAACACCACCUAAUAUUUUAAAUACCUUUUUAAUAAGGUGAUAUCAAGUAUAACUUCAGCACUCAUCUCUGUAAUAUAUAUGUGAUGGCAACCAACAUUUUCCUGCUAAUUUUUCAGACAUUGGAAAGGUGGUACAUAUGAACAUUUGUCCUGGUGAACGUUCAGAUGGAUUUAACUGACUUGCAACUUUUGGAAUGGCAAAAACAAACCAUUGUUGGUAACACAUUUUCAUCCAAUAUGAGUACAGUCUUGCCAAAGUUAAAUGCUUCCUGAUUGCAGUGGGAAAGAUUUAAGCAAGCCUCCCAACCCACUGAUUUCAGUGCGACUUGGCUUGAUCAUGUUUUUGAGCAGUGGAGCUGAUGAAAGCUAGUUGCUUGAAUGUUUUUCUCUGAAGUAAUAGUUUGUAGCACUACUCAGCAUCUAGCAACUUUGGGGGUUCAUAUACCCUGGCAAUAUAGGCAGCUCAUAUGUGGGGUGCAGAAACAUGGUACAAGCAAAAAGUGGAGACUUGUGACUCUCUGCUGCAACUAUUAAGUUCCGCUCUAAAUGUUACUCUUCAUUGAGGAUAGAUUGGGAUAUCUAGAAGCAGGACUUGCAGAAGAAAAUUUCACUUCUAAUUCCUCAUGAUAUAAAAUCUGUAGUGGAAGACCACAAAUAUUGACCUGAACAUCUGUAUCUUCCUGAGAAUUCUGGGGUUUGUGUGUGUACUGAUUUUUUUCCUUUUUUGCCCCCUAUAGCAGUAAAAGUUCAAAGAGAAGGAACAUUUGCAGGAAUUUAAGGGAUGUCAACACUGAGAUUACUGUAAAUAUCUUAAUUAAGUUGCUAACAGUUGUCUUUCAUAUUUUGGGCGCAAUAUUAAUGUUUAACACAAUCAUAAGAAAUACAAGCCAAUGUGGAGUUAGAUCCUGAAGUUCUGUGAAGAGAGCAAGUUCAUGAAAGAAUUUUAUCACUGUUCACCACCACCCCAUACAGGUCACAGAAAAAGCUCAUGUAACAGGUGAAAAGGAUUUGAUCAACUUCCUAUUCUAGUUGCUGUCCCUUACAUCUUGUCCUCUAAAAACUCAGGAGUUGCAUUCUGAGGGCAUAGGGGGCUGCAGUGUGAAGGGUUAUGUGGAAAAACCCUUCUGAAAGCAAAUUCUUUUAACAUCUGCCCCAUGCUGAACCUGUGCCUUGGAAAGAAAGCUAUCUUUGUGUAAAUUAAGUGAUGUUUAGCAAAGCUAGUCUGAUUAUACUAAGGUGUAAGUUGUUUUCUUUUUGUUUUUUACACAAAUUGAUGUCAUUGUGUCACUUUUAUUCUAUAACCACUGUCAGGAUGUGCUAUAUGUAAAUACAGUUGUUUUUCUUAUAUUAGCACUUCAUGCUGGCUAAGGACUAACAGAGGAUUUUUUUAUCUGAGUCUUUAGCAUGAAUAUAACUUCAAACACUCUAAAAUCUCCUACCCCAUGCAGGGAGAGAUCAUUGUAAAUCAAAAUAUACUGUCAAAUUGGUCUAGAUUUUUUCACAUUUUCUUUCUACUGUCAAAAUUGAAGGAUUCUAUAUAGUUUUUAAAUAUUUUUUGAAUUCAACAUUGCAGUUCAAAAAUAUUGUUAUUCUUUACAAUGUAAAAUGCAUCAGUUAAUUCAUUAAUAUCCAUUAUAUUGUGCUUUAUCAAAGUUUUGUAUGUUAUGGCUUUUAUACACAGUUGUCUAGCUCCUGUGAAAUGUGAUUUGUAAUAAAUAAGUGAAAAUGC